AUGUCGUCUGCAGCAGGUGGCUCGCUGCAGGACCGAACUCUUAACAAAGUUGCCUGUCCGGGUUUCGCUGGAUUUGCAUACGUCGGAUACUCAUACGCUAAAACUGCUUUUUGUAGGAAAUUAGCGAAGAAGCCGGGAGCUUUGGAAGAUGAAGAUACAGAAGUAUCCAGAGUGGUGUUUAGGAGGCUGUCACAAACCACACAGACAGAUGUCCUCCUGGGUAACCUAGACAUGAGUGGCACUUCUGGUAAAAUUAUCAUACGACCAAAAACUGUGCAGGAAAGAAUUCGGGAACUUAACUUAAAGGCGAGGCAGUUUGCAGAUACAUUUAUUGCAAUUCAGACAGGCAAUGGACAUGCUGGCCAUGCUGUCUCACGCAAUUCGGCAAUUCAUGAUCCAAAGAGCUUACAGUCAUCACCUUGGAAUUCACCAAGACUUCUCAGCCCUGUUGAUGUCAGACAUUUGAUAACCUCAAGAUCAACAGAAAACCUAACCCACAUACCCCCAGAUGGAUCACCAAGCAGACCAAAAUGGAGACGCAAAAGUUUACGAAAGAAGAAGGCAGAAGAAAGUAGUGAUCCUGAUGGAAAGCUCAGAAAGAAAAGAGUUGAAGCAGAAGCAUUGCAGCUUUACAAAAACACAAGAGAUGAAUUAACACAAAGACUUGAGCAUCUUAGUAGUAGAGGAAGAGUUCUAACACCAUAUGAAGCUAAAAGUUUGGUUGCUCUAUUGUACUCUGAAGAUAAAACGCUUGUAGAAAGAGCUCUUGUAACAAUUGCCAACUGUGCAGCAUUUAGUGUUAAUCUUGAUUUUUUGCGAGAGGUUGGCUGUAUUCAUCGUCUAACAACCCUCUUAGAAGAUAACGAAGUACGAUUACCAGCAGUACAAACUCUGGGAAAUGUAGUUUUGUCUGAAGAAAAUAUACGCCAAGCCAAGGAUUGCCUUCCAAUUCUAAUGGGCUUUGUGCAGAAUAGUCAUGGUGAUGAUGCUCUACGCUUAGCUUCUCUAGUUGUUCUUACAAACAUUGCCACUAUUAGUGAGUGGCAUGAAGAUUAUUGCCCCCUGCUUCACAGACUCUACCACCUGGUUGACAGCCCCAAUCCUCACAUCCAGCUUCAGAGUCUCAGAUUACUGGUCAACUUGUCAUGCAACAGAGAGAUGAUUCCUUCACUGCUUGCAGCAGAGGGUCCAAGGAAACUCAGCUCAUUAGUUGUUCCAGAAACAAAUGAGGCAAUACUAUUACGUGUUCUGACCCUACUAGCAACUUUAGCACAUGCUGUAAGUGAAGACAACUUGAAUCCCAGUGUGGACCUGCCACCAGAAGACAAAGCUGCUGCUCCUGACACCAUAGAUGCAUAG